UAUACCUGAACUAUGUGGCAACGCUGUAAAAACACAUUGCGCCGGCAAAUUUUUGUUUUUAAUUUGUUAAUUUGUUAAUCAUAAUUCAAUUUUUCAUAUUCAAUGGCUGCUUCUUGCUUUGACUUUUUGGGCUUUCAAGAGGCUCUAAAGAAGAUGCGCGAUGUGGAUGAUAAAAUAAUUUACGCUCUUAAUGCUCUGCCCACGGAAUCAUUCAAGGGUCAAGUGAAUAGUGAGAGCACAUGCAGGGACUUGUACUCUAAACUGCAGCAAUCACAUCUCACACGGCAAUCAAACAUACGCAAUUGCAUAACCUUAUCAGCGACAACAUUGAAGCAUCUACGCGAGCAAAGGGAGGCAAACCCCAAUGAUGUGGACACCGAUAGCAAAUUCAAGGCAGAGCAACGCAAGCUGAGAGUGUUGCAAGCGGAGCUUAAUGUAGAAGAUAUUAUUAAGGAACGGACUUACAAGGCAUUUAAUGAACGUUGCAGAAAUUAUUUUCAUGCUGGCCAAUGAAUAUUAUGUUUUCUGCAAUAUUAUAUGACAUAUAAAGUUGUCGUCAGCAUACAAUGAAGGCAGUACAUUAAAUUUUGUAG